AUGGGCCAAAGCAUAAAACCGGUCGAGCUGAAAAUCGGACAGCCAGAGCGCGAUCUUGAUGCAAGCAUAGAAUCUGGACUUCACGGCGGGGUUCUCCGCCGCCGGCGAGUCGGAGGAGUCCGUUCGGCCGGAGGCGACGCGGCGGCGGACGGCGGCGGCGAGGGAGAGCGAGGCGGCGGCGAUGGAGGCGAGGCAACCGGCGGCGCGGUGGGCCUUGAGGAGGAUGACCCAUGUGAGCUGCUUGGCGUUCUUGUUCCGGCCGCCCUUUGGGGCGGCGUCGUUUGGGUACAUGAAAUCCUCGUACGACGGCGACUCCAGUUCCACCAUGGACCAGUUGUUGGGGUUCUCCAUUUUCACCACCACGGGUGUGCCCCGGUAGAUCAAAUGUUGGAAAGGCUGAAGCCUUUUGCAGAAUUUCGUGAGAUAAGGAAGAAAAGCUUGAAUCUUGGGGAUGAGUCUCGAAAAGGAAGGAAUGCUACAAAAACUUCAUUUUGGGUGACAAUGGAGGUUAUAAUGAAUUUCUGGGUGAUGAAAAUGAAGAAAUAUUAG